CCUCGGUCGACGCUCCGCGCCCCUUCAAUCCCGCGACGCAACACGUCCUGCACCACGCUCCACGCUGAAUCCACCCUCCAGGCAUCCACUCUCGGUCCACCGUUGUGAUCUCAACUCGCCAUUUAUCUGAUAUUCCGGUGAGAGAUUUUAAAUGGCCUUGACCUGCGGUAAAAGAUGCGUUAAAGGAAGUUUCCUAAGUCUCAACGUUUUACUAUGGCUGUUAGGUUGCGUCCAGAUUCUCGUGGGCGUCUGCAUAAUAGUAGAUGCCGGGAAGUUGCAUCUGUAUUAUUCCAUGGUAGCUGAUCUGGCAUCCGUGAACUCAGUUACGUACAUUGCUUACUUCAUCUCCUUCGUGGGUGCGGCUGCACUCUUCAUAGGACUUACAGGAUGCUGCGCAGUGGCAAAAGACAACCGCUGCCUUCUUGCAGGGUAUUUCGUAAGCUUGUUGGCGAUGAUCGCCAGUAAUCUAAGCGUCUCAAUUGGAGCAGCUUUCUACCGACAGCACAUUUUGGCCGGUCUAAAGGAGCGGCUCUUGAAGCAGCUGAACACGCAGUACGGCUUCCCGAAUCAAGACCUCCUCCAGGACGUCCACGUAUUCAGCCAAGCCAUGGACUAUGCUCAGUACUCGUUCAACUGCUGCGGGGUGGUGAGCGAUGAGGACUAUUCGAGCACCAGAUGGAAGAACGGAAGUUUCAUAUCGGGCCCGAACGUCCCUGGCUCUUGCUGUGUGUUGGCUGACAAACAUGACAUCUCCAUGACACGGAGUCCAAUCAGCGCUGUAUCAAGGGUGUUCCAUGCUGCUCAAGAGAAACCUUGGCAGAAUCCACAGCCGAAAAACGGGAAAGCUUGCCAAAGUAAUGACUUGGAGAGUCACGUCAACUUCCGUUACAAACAAGGCUGUUUCGAUCAUAUUGAAGGCUGGUUCAAGCAGGAGAGUGAUUUCAUAGUUUUCCUCUGUCUUAUCUCUAGUUUCCUCCAAGUGAGUUCAUCAUGAACAUGCAUUACGAAAAAAUCGCCUACUUACAUUAUAGUCCAGUCAAAUUAGAU